UAAAUUGUAAGAGCCAGCACACCAGCAAAGCAGAGAAAGAAUACAAUACAAAUCUUAGCUCUUGCUCCCUCCCACAUAACUUUAAACUAUUUUAAAUUUUGACCGUUGAGGUUUCCUCUUUCUUCUGUUUCGUAUUGUCGGGCGAUUGGUCCGCUGACUUUCAAUGGAUGGGAGACCGGUUGUGCGCGCGCUCAGAUUGGUCCAGACCCUCCCUGUGUGUAUGUACAUACGUAUGUACGUAUAUGUGUCAGCCUGUUGCUUCGGCUUUUAGUAUAACGCGUUCUCUGUUUCUCUGUUGGUGGUUGUGAUGCUGAUGCUGAAUACCUCUCGCCUUUACUUGCAUUUUUUACCAACCACUCGGUCUCCAGCUUCACUCGGUGGUUUACGUAUACAGUUUGCAGUGUCAGUGAUGUUUAUUUCAUUUUUAAUUAAUCUCAGGCCAAUUUCAAGGCAAUAAAACAAUAAUACUGGUAAUAUAUUAUUAAUCAGUGAAAUAUAAUAUAAUUGUUAUAAAAAGAGCGAAGGAUUAAUCAAAUAUUCAAAGGAAUUCAAGCGAUUUGUUUCGUCAUCAGCUUUGCUUUUUUUUUUUUUUUACUUAUGUAAACUUCAAGAUUACAUAUUGAGUAAUUACAUUUAAGCAAGUGAUUGCGAUACAUUAAUCAAAAUUUUAAAUCCACGAUGAGUGACUCGAGUGACAAUGUCAAGUACAAAUGGACACCUGACAGUACUUCCCUGUUGGUCUCAGUAUGGGCAGAUCGGCAGGUGCAGAAGCAAUUGGAGUAUGCGACAAAACCGCAAUUGAUAUGGGAAAGUGUGGCGAGGUAUAUGCGCAAAAAAGGAUAUGAAGUUACGGCCAAGCAAUGCAGAUCGCGGAUGAAGCAAGUGUUGGUGUGCUACAAGGAGGCUAAAAAAAGUGGGACGAGAGCCGGAGUUGAGCGCUACUAUGAAUCGAUUGACAAAGUGUUAGAAAGCAAACGAAUUGAGAAGAAUAUAAUUAAUGAUAAUGGAGUAGAUACUGUUGAUUCUACUAAAGUUAUCAAGUCACCGCCGAAGGAGAUUAAAACUAAUGUUAAUAUACGUAUGCGACAGAAUAAAUUCGAUGAUUCAAUUAAUAAAAAUAUUGAAGUUAUUCCUGGAGAUUGGCAAUUUGAACAUCAUGAAUACGCAGAUUCAUCAGAGUCCAAUGAAACAGUCCUAGCCCGUCCAGUAUAUCGCUGCUUUUCUCCAAUGAAAAACGCCGGAACGAGUACAAUCACCGACACGAUGCCCCUAAACAAAACCGCGCGACGUUCGUUACUAAUUCCCAGUGACGAAAGAAUAAGAUACGAGAACGGCGAGAGGUAUUUUGAGAUCCCGACUAAAAACAGCGUUCAGAACGUGCAAAAUCAGAUAAUCCAAGAGAAUAUGAUGCUAAAAACUCAGCUGCGUGACAACAUCCAGCAACAACAACCAGAGAGAGAGUACCGUCCUCUGAACAUAAAUCCUCGGCCACAGCCUCAGCAGAAUAUACUGUACCACCCCAAUCGUGUUUCAACAAACAUGCAGCGAAUUCAAAGCCAGCUCCAGCAUUACUGCAUCGGAAACAACGGAGCGCGGCCUCAAGAGCCGCGCAAAAUAAUAAAUCCCGAUGAGGAUCUGACGAGGAAUGAAAUGCACCGGUAUUACUUGGGUACUGACGAGUACCCGGACAUGGAGCCGAAUUUAAAUCAAGGAUUUAUCAGCGUGAAGAAUAAUAAAGCGCACAAUUUAAAUGAAACUUAUGAUCAGCUUAUGUUUGGCUUUCAAGGUCCUUGGCAAGCAGAUACAACGACUAUUACCAACAACGCGACGUUUAAUGAUGACACACUGUCUAUUGAAUUUCUCCAGGACUCGCCCAGCCCUUCGGAAAAUGAAGGAGUAGAAGUAAAUGGGAAAAGUAACUCAUACGACAAUCGUACAAUUCCAAACGCUCCAGUAAGGACAAAAAAAAUCCAGAAGCUCGAGCAGUUGAUGCUAAAUGCCAUAUCAUCGCAGACAGAAGUGGUGAAUAAAAUCCUCGCUGCUCAAGAUGUGAUGGUCUCUCGAAUUCUAGACUUUGAUAAGGACCGCCAGAGUCGCCUGGAAGAUCGAUUAAACCAGCUGAUGACUGUAGUCCAAGCAACAGUCACUAAAAAGGAAACUGAGCCGGAAGAAGUCCAGCAGAUAAAUUUCCCAACUUGUUUUUCACCUCCGCCAAAACCUGGAGCUGUACCGCCAAAGCUGGACCUGGUACCACCGAAGCCAUGUCGUGUGCCUUGCACAAGUCCAGGAAAUGUCGAAUUGAUAAAUCAAAAUCCUGUGCAAACUCGUCCCGGAGUUAUUGGACCCACUAAGCCAGGUACUAUUUGGACUAAGCUUGGACCGGUGUCCCAAUCUCCGUUCGUGAGAGCCCAGCAGCAAAUUUCAGCGGUGACCAAAGCUGCUGAACACUGGAGGACUCAGUCGUCUGCUGAGCGACGCAUCGCUCAAGCUUGCAGUUCGGUUAAUAAUACUAAAAGCUUAAUUACUGAGACUAUUAAGUUUAUUAAUAAUGAAAAGUUGAUCGAGGAGAGGAUGGAGAAUGCCAGGCGUACUUUGAAUCCUGACAAAGAUCAGACAGCUCGUCGUAAAUUGUUUGAAGCUCCGGAGGAGAAGAAAGAGCCUGGGAGGAAAGAACCUUGCGCUGCGAUAGUUCUGACUUCUGCUUUUUUGGAUAUUGAGCGACUAGCUGAAGAAAAGUCGCGGUAUGUUGCGUCAAGGUAUGAAGAAGAGUCUAACUCUAGUGAUGAUUUGCUGACUGGUCAGGGAGAAAGUUACGAUCGCUUGAGGCGGUUGAGCAUUCGCAGGAAGCCUAAAAGUGUUCAAGGUAAUAUUCUUGGAGAUAAACUGGACACUUCAACACCGGCUAAGACGGCUCGGGAUAAUUGUAAUAACAAUAAUUACGACGAUGAACCGCGACAAACUAUUCAACAGCUGGCUGACUUGGUAAUGAAGAGCGCGAGGUUCAGGAAUGUCGAGCCUAUUAAUCCAGGUAAUCAACAAAAACUAUCUGUUCACUUCCCGCAGCGACAGGAUCUGCCGACUAGACCAGCGCGCGAAAAGGACAGAGAGACGCAAAGACAGAGCUGUAAUAAAGCAUAUGAUUGGUUGAAUGAUAGAUACUCUUAUGGAGAUAAACAACCAAUUGGACGGUUCAAUGAACCAAUUUAUAAUGCACACCCGAUUGGUUUCACCACAGCCAAUUUGAAUAUUAACGAUGAAAAAAUCGUCAGGCCGACGUUCGACCAGCAAGUUGGAUUCCGACAGGACAUGCUGAAGAAAUAUCAAGAGUUAAAUGAGAUUCAGAAUUUGAGAGAGAUGAAAAAUCGCGAGCUGAUAGAUAGAUACGCUCCGGACUCUAAACUUCGGAGUCGAAGUUGUGGUGAUGACGACGAUGAAGUAUUCCUUGACACCACGACUACUCUGCGGCCCUACAGGAAGACGUCAUUAACUUCUUCCGGCACUGAGCAUUCCGCUAAAGCAGGAACUAACUGUGUUAUCUCAUAGCUAGAGUUUAUCAAGUAUAUUUUUGUACUUUGCUUUAUUAUUAUUAUGUUAGUUUUUUAUUUUAUAGGCAGCUGGAGAACAUGCAAUAAUUUGUAUGUGCAAUUGAAAUUUAUUAUCGCUAGUGGAUUAGUAACAUAUGUCUUCCAAUGUCAUACAGUUAUUUUGUUAUUACUUUUAUCUUUACUCAUUAUUUUUUGAGUAGAUACUGCCAUAAUUAUAUUUUUCUUUUUCACAUUGUUUUUUAUUAGUAUAUAAACUUUAUUAUCAAAUUCAAAUUAUAACAGUGACAAUUAAAAUUUUUUAUACUUUGUAUUUCAUAAGAAAUAAAAAUAU